AUGGGCGCCGAGAACUCUAGAGUGGCGGUAAUGGAGCGCAUUAACCCCGAUGGAAGUCGCGAAAUCUACUGCGAGCGCCCCAGUCGCGCGCCGCUAAGCCGCGACUAUUGCAUCGAGUGCUGCUCACCAGAAGAAUGCCUCGACAUCUACGGGCUUGACGCAAUUCGAGCCUACCGCACAGGCACACGCGAAUACCGCAUGGUCCAGGGCCAACUAAUGUCGAUGCCCAUCACGCGGGACUCCCACAACACCUCCCUCAGAACCACGACCAGAACAACCACGAACACGAGGAGAGACACCACUAACAAUGUAACACACAACACCAACAGCGGCGUCGUUAUCACCGGAAACAACAACAACAUCAACAUCCACAAUAACGCUUCCCAUUCACAGCCCUCCGGCAAUAUCUCAGCUACGAGCCGUCCUCCUCGCGGUAGACCUGCCUCCGCCCCCGUUCACCAAUCCAUCGGCAUGGACUCAGAACAACUCGCAAUCUACGAAUCUCUCCGGUCCGCCCCGCGCCACUCCGGAUUUUCGCCCGCGGAACAGGAGGCGUGGGAGGCGCGGCACUGGGAGGCCCUGCAACUCGAGGAGCUUGAAUCCGCUCCAACUCGCGCGACGUUUGAGAGUCCUCCACGUCCCACCUAUGUUGGUUCCGACGAUCGUUGUCACCAUCGCUGCUGUUCCGGUAGACAUGUCCACUUUGUCACCCACGCAGACGCCCCCGCGCAGCGUGUUAUGGGCAGAUUUUCGGGAGAGAGGCAUGGGUAG